AUGAAUAUUGCAGUGAACAAUGUGGAAGAGAAAGCUGUCCAUUCCUGGUCACGAAUCUCCUCUGCGGGACAGAAAGUGCUGGAGGAAGCUCUCCGAGUCUUCAACCCGAUGUCCAAGGACCUUUCGGACACAGAGACCCAGCUGGUGGCCUUCAUUCAGGGCCUGAAGGAGGAGGGCUACCAGCCCACGAUUCUGAGGAGUAAGGAUGUGUACGGGUACAGCUCCUGCACGGCAGACACGCCAGGUCGCGCCGAGGAGAGCGCCGCUAAGAGUCCGGCCAGGAGCGCCGCGGCCGUGGCGGAGGUGUCGGCUUCGCCCGCCAGCAUCUCCGUGUCCUCUCCAGAAGUCUCCGCUCAGCCCGUCUCCAAAGGGGAUUCCACAAAUCUCCUCUUGAGCUCCUUGAAGCAGACGAGAUCUGCUGCGCCCAAGGCGGCGGCCGUGGGCUUCCCUGCCAGCAUGUACCCGGACGUGUAUCCCGCCAUGAGGCUGUCGGUGGUGCUGGAAGCUCUGGUGCCCCUGAAAACGACCGCGGCCUGUUUGGAGCCCAAGUACUCUCGAGGGCGUCUGGGGAUCUCGCCCUCGGACCUUAAACUCCUCAAGGCCGCGAGGCCACAGAGGCAGUUUCCUUCAGGCAAGGCCGCUAAAGUAACGGAAGGUAGGAGGUACAAGCGUUCGAUAAAGAAAGCACCGGAUCCUGCCACCUUUGCUUUAAAACUUCUGAAGGGACCAAAUGGUGGCGUGCUGCAGGAGAGCAAUGCUUGCAAAGCCUCGGGAGUCCUCAACGGGAGACUCACAGGCAGCUCGUCCCAGGGCUGCUCUGCUGCACCACAGUCCAGGACCUUGAAAAUCCGAGAUAAGGAGGCUGUGGUGGGGAAAAUGGAGAGGAGAGAGGGUGUUGGACAGAAGAAGAGAAGAGCUGUGGAGGCAAGAGAAGCCCCACAGAGGAAGAAAGCCAAUACCAUCCCUGCCCAAAAUAAAUCUCGACGGGCUCGGAGCACUUUGAACCUGCUGAAAUUCCGGGCCAUCAAAGUGGGCAACUCUUUGUCUGAUGAUGAAGUGAGAAGGAGAGCACAGAAGAUUCUUAGGGUCAACCUGUCCCCCGUGAUCCGAAUUCAGCCCUUGUCCCACGCUCACAGCGUCCCCUGA